AUGACCACAAGGGUGAGAUACUUUACAGCGGUCAGUCGGCAAAUAAUAUUCAAAUCAGAAAUGCCACCACCUGGACGUGGUUUCGGUCCCGGACCAGGACGUGGUUAUGGUCCCGGACCAGGCCGUGGUUAUGGUCCCGGCCCUGGUUAUGGUCCGCCUCCUCCUCGGCCUGGCGUCAAUAUAGGUGUCAAUAUUGGCGGCCCUCCGCCGCCGCCCAUUGGCGUUGGCAUUGGAUUUGCUCCUCCACCAGUUGUGAUUGGAGCACCACCGCCAGUGAUCAUUGGAGCUCCACCGCCGCCUGUUAUAGUUGCACCACCGCCCCGGCCAGCUGUUGUGGUGGGUGGUCAGCCAGCAGUUGCCACAGUUUAUGCCCAACCACGUGAGGAAGUCUUUUGCUGCACAAUUCUUUGACCCAUGACAAAAAUUCGAAAAGUUUAUCUAUAUGUUUAGCGACUGAAUGAAUCAGAAUAUAUAAUCCUAUAAGUAUUUG